AUGUAUUUCGACACUCUUCCUAACGAGAUCCUGACGCACAUAUACCUGUCCCUACCGAACAUCGCCUCCGCCAUCAACCUAUCAGCAACCUGCCAUCGAUUGAACAGCGCAUACCAUUCAUCGAAGAGGCUGGUCAUCCUCCAAGAAGCAGCAGACGCCGAGCUCGGACCCAUCGAAGACAUCAUCCAGCUCCUGACCCACAACUCCUCCCAACCAGCGCACAUUCGACGAAGCGUACCCAUAUCAGAAGCCUUGAUCAAGCAGAUCGUCAAAGUCGGCCGCAUAGCCCAGCAGUACGAGGAGAUCUACCCCUUCAAGAAAUGGAAGACAGACUACGGCAACAGGCGUCUCUUGACAGUGCAAGAACGCUACAACCUCCGCCGCACCAUCUACCGCCUCUGGCUCUUCUCGCGAGCUUUCCACACCCCAGCCCACAUCCGCACCUGCCGCCGUAUGCCCGAAGUGAUGCGCGAGCGAGCCAUGCUUCUACAAAACUUCUCCUCGAACGAGCUCGCUGAGAUGCUGGACGUACACACCGUAAUGCGCGACUUGGUUGCCAACAACAUUUGUCCGUCCAACGGCAAGAUCAAGCAAAAGUUCAAUAAGCGCUUCCCAGAGAGCAAGCAUCAACUCCUCUUCAAUAUCAACAUGCACCUCAACUACCCCCCUGAACCAUCAGCACUCGCAACCGACUACUACAACUCCUCCUACGGCUCCACGCGCUACCAAUCGCGCCUAUCACCGACACGAUGGCAUGAGCCUGGAGCUGAGGGCUGGGGUGAUGAUAUUGCGCACUACUAUGUCAUUGAGGAUAUGAUGAAGCUGGAUCCGGAACAGAUGCUGUAUCUGAGGAACCACUGUACUUUGAAAGCGCAGGUGGAGGUGUAUAUUCGGGGACUUGGGGAGUGGUUUGGCAACAAUGGCGAGACUUUCACGGAGACGUUGGAAUUGGUGGUGAAGCAACGAGGUGGAGAUCUUGAGGAGCUGAAGGGGGCCAUUGAGGAUGGAGACGUUGGGGUUGCUGUACUGAUCUGA